UGUUCUCGCCAACAACAGCAUCGGAAAACCCACAUUGACUUGAGAAAUGUUUUUCACAUGUGCAAUUCUUUGAUAUAUGAUCGAAUAUUUCAUAAACAACUUAUGUCCUAGAUAUGCAUCUGAAGCUGAUUUCUGUCAUUAUUCUGGCAGUAUCUGCUGUUACGUGUGAAAGAAAUACUCAACAGCUGCAUUCACUGAUUGCACCUGACUCAGUCUUGUUUGUGUCUACAUUGAUUGGUAACUUCCAUGCAGUCAGUAAAACCACUGGCAAAGUGUUAUGGACUUUACAUGAAGAUCCUGUUAUCAAGGUUCCAGUCAGUGUUUCAGCCGGGAAAUUAACUUUCCUUCCUGACCCAAAGGAUGGAAGUCUAUAUGCUCUAAGUGAUGGCAUGGAGAGAAUCAAGAAGUUGCCCUUCACCAUCCCACAGCUUGUGACAGCUUCUCCAUGUAAAAGUAAUGAAGGAAUCUUGUAUACAGGACACAAAAAGGACACCUGGAUUGCAGUUGAUGCAAUAACAGGGCAAAAGAUUCAAACCUUGUCAAUGGAUGGAACUCGGAAAGUCUGUCCUUCUAAAGCUGAAAAUAUCAUUUACAUUGGCAGAACUGAGUAUACCAUUACAAUGUUUGAUGCAAAGACUGGAACUAAAAGAUGGAAUGCCACAUUCAUGGACUACUCAUCACAUGUUGCCAAAGAUUUACUGGACUAUGAGUUAAAGCACUUCACAGCCAGUUCAGAUGGCAUGACUGUCACACUAGACAGCAAAUCAGGUGAGGUGCAGUGGUACAUGGAUUACAAUUCACCUGUGGUUGCCAUGUACACCAUGAACCAAGAUGGCGGCCUACAAAAGGUGCCCUUCAUGAGCUUUGCUCCAGAAACACUGGAACACCUUACAGGACAACUGUCAUCCAAUCACUGGAGACACAAAUUUCUGGAGCAUGGUCGAAAGAAAAUCUUCUACCCCACACUCUAUGUAGGUGAAUACGAACAUGGCUUCUUCGCCUUGACCUCACUUGUGGAUGAAAAGACAGUAACCAUUGCUCCCAAGGAGAAGGGGAUGCUCCUGAUAGAAGGGCCUACUCUGGAGAAAAAUGUUCAUGAGCAGAGAAUAAAGGCUUCAACUGUCCGUCGAGGAGGGCCUGUUCUCAUGUUAGGCUAUCACGAAGUCCCAGACAAAUCCAAGUCCAGAAUCUCACCAGCAUUUCAGAUUACAGAAGAUUCUGAUGAGGAGGGGGAUAUCAGAGUGAUCCCUGUGCCACCAGUUGUGGACAGUGUUCCAACCAAAAACAGCACAGACCUGGACAGCAGUCUGUUAGCAAUGUAUCUUGGGUCUGACUUCAAGUUCCUCAUCACAGUCGGCCUGCUGAUUAUCACCAUACUUGCCAUCGUCUACUACUUUCCAAGGCAACAAGAGCUGUCUAUCAAAAGAAUGUUGAGGGAACAACAGCUAUUAGACCAGAACCAAAAGUCAGCUCAAACUUCAUUUAUUGGAAGUGGAAACACAAAAUCUGGUGAAAACUAUGACAGUUUGCCAAACGGACAUAUCAAGGUUGGAAAAAUAGAUUUCAACCCUAACGAUGUGCUGGGCCAUGGUUGUGAGGGAACAUUCGUGUACAGGGGCCGGUUUGACAAUCGAGACGUGGCAAUCAAGCGACUUCUACCCGAGUGUUUUACAUUUGCUGACCGGGAAGUGGAGCUUUUGAGGGAGUCGGAUCAGCACCCAAACGUCAUAAGAUACUUCUCCAUGGAGGCUGACAGCCAGUUCCGAUACAUAGCUUUGGAGUUGUGUGUGGCCACUGUACAAGACUUUGUGGAGGGGCACACUCCAUAUUCUAGGAUGCUGGAUCCUCUCGUUCUGCUAUUCCAGGCCAUGUCAGGCAUAGCACAUCUGCAUUCCCUCGAUAUCGUCCACAGAGAUGUCAAGCCCCACAAUGUACUGCUGUCCCAGCCCAAUGCUAAGGGCGAGGUGAGGGCCAUGAUCUCAGACUUCGGCUUGUGUAAGAAGUUGGCAGCUGGCCGUAUUUCAUUUUCCCGCAGGUCUGGAGCAGCUGGAACGGAUGGAUGGAUAGCUCCAGAAAUGAUGGAGGAGAAUAAGAGAGUUACCUGCAGCGUUGACAUAUUUUCCACUGGAUGUGUCUUCUUUUAUGUACUUACUAAAGGAAAGCAUCCAUUUGGAGACUCUUUACGACGACAGGCCAAUAUUAUGGCAGGCGAUCACCAUCUAGACAGUUUACCUGUGACAGAUUACUAUGUAAGGCGAGAUUUAAUAGAAGCGGCCUUGAGCAUUGAACCAGCCAGGAGACCAACAGCUAAAAUGAUAUUAAAACACCCAUUCUUUUGGAGCAGGGAAAAGCAAAUGAUGUUCUUCCAGGAUGUGAGUGACAGGACUGAGAAGGAGACAGAGCAGUGUGAGGUGGUACGGAAGCUGGAGGAAGGAGGGUCAGAGGUCGUCAAGAAAGACUGGCGAAAAAAUAUUACAGUAGAAUUACAAAAUGAUCUCAGAAAAUUUAGAACCUACAAAGGAGAGAAUGUGAGAGACUUACUCAGAGCUAUGAGAAACAAAAAACACCAUUAUCGAGAGCUGCCUGACAAUGUGAAGAAUUCCCUUGGAGCAGUGCCAGACCAGUUUGUGUUAUACUUUACCUCACGCUUUCCAAGACUUUUAAUUCAUACAUAUCAUGCCAUGAUGUGUUGUAAGGAUGAACGUGUAUUCCGACAAUAUUACAAUACAGACUCUACGGAAGCACAUAAGCUGUUAUAGCAGUGUGGUAGGACCAAGGUUAUCAGACCCGUUAUAGCAGUGUGGUAGGAUCAAGGUUAUCACACACAUUGUAACAGUGCACAGACAGGACAGAAAUUAUCAAAACAAUGUGGUGCUCUCGGUGCAAUAUUUCUAUAUUUUCUACAACUUAAAUGACACAUUUAGUGCAAAUCUACAGUUUUCAUGACACUUUUGUGCAGUGAAAGUCCUAUAAUGUUGAAUCAAAGAAUCAGUUUUGGUGGCUUUUACAUGUAUUAUGUACAGUUUAUGUAAUUUUACUAUGAGUUUAAUUUUAUUGAAUUUUUUUACUUUCUUUAUGUUUGAGUGAUAUCAGUGAACCAAAAAGUGUCUUUCAGUACAUUACUUAGACAACACAAGCCAUUGUUCUGACAUCUUUUGCAUUGGAGAGAAAAAUAGAGAGAAUGUCUUUUUUCCUUUUUAAUUAUUGAUGAAAAGGUGUACAUGAUAUAAUUUUAAUUGAUCAUUUGGACUACACCUGCAUCUUAUAAAAAAUGACAAACAAGCCAUGAGCAUGUUUUUGUACAUUAAAACAACCAUUCUGUUUGUAUGGACUUCAUUACAUUUAUUAUAGACAGCAUUCAUAGACAGGAAAACCAUUACUUUACCGACAUCACUCAUAGACAGGAAAACCAAUAUUUAACUGACAUCAUUCAUAGACUGGAACUCCAUUACUUAACUGACAUCACUCAUAGACAGGGAAUCCAUUACUUAACUCACAACACUCAUAGACAAGGAAUCCAUUACUUAACUGACAUCACCCAUAGACAGGAACUCCAUUACUUAACUGACAUCACUCAUAGACAGGGAAUCCAUUACUUAACUGACAUCAUUCAUAGACUGGAACUCCAUUACUUAACUGGUAUCACUCAUAGACAGGGAAUUCAUUACUUAACUGACAUCACCCACAGACAGGAACUCUAUUACUUAACUUACAUCACUCAUAGACAGGGAAUCCUUUACUUAACUGACAUCAACCAUAGACAGGAACUCCAUUACUUAAAUUACAUCACUCAUAGACAGGAACUCCAUUACUUAACCAACAUCACUCAUAGACAGGAACUCCAUUACUUAACUUACAUCACUCAUAGACAGGAACUCCAUUACUUAACUGACAUCACUCAUAGACAGGGAAUCCAUUACUUAACUCACAUCACUCAUAGACAGGAACUCCAUUACUUAACUGACAUCACUCAUAGACAGGAACUCCAUUACUUAACUGACUUUACUCAUGGACCAGAACUCCAUUACUUAACUGACAUCAAUUGUUUGAUAAAUCCGGAAAUUUUGUUACGCUAGAAGUAACAAUAUAAGUUGUCAAAAUAUGUCCUCAUUAGUGUGGUUAUAUAUGGUACUUUAACCAAUUAUUUCUCAUAGGAAUUUUACAGUAUUACCAUUAUUUCAUGCUGUUACUAUUUUAUUUGGUACCUCCAAUAUUUUGAAGAGUUGUGGAGAGAAGAAUGUUUGUGUGAGGUAAACUUUGUGAGCAAAAUCUGUGUUCUUUAUAAAUAAUCCAAUCAUGUGAAGAGCUUUUAUGUAAAGAAAGAGAAAGUCUCUGUUUGUGUUGAUGUGAGAUGAACUUGUCCUUAAAUUUUCUAUGGUAAUCCAGUUUAUGGUGGGGAAAUGACCUACUGUGUGGCAGGUCGACAGCUGAACCUGGUGAGUAAAUUCAUGAGUUGUAUCAUUGAAGACUUGGUUGAUAACAACAUUAAAAGACCAGUUUACUUUUAUUUAUUACAACAAUCAUGGACACAGCAUUUUUUUAAAGAGAUAACCCAACACCUUAGCCAUUAAGAAAACUUGUAACACAUCCAAGUGUUAGCUUUUCUAAUCUGUGAAGAAUUAAGGAUCACCAGGAUAACUUUAUCUGUCAUCAGUUGUUGUUGUGAUUGUAAACAUUUGGCCGUAACGCACCAUGUAAGAAUGUUCAGUAAUCAUGAACAUGGUAAUGUGGUUAUACUGUUUUUACAAUGUUACAGCUGUUAUGUUAAUAUUACCUGUGGGAUGAUUUACUGAUUUGAUAUAACUUGUCUCAGUGACAUAUACAACCAGUCUUAGGGAAAAACUUCAUAGCAAAUCUGAAAUGAUAAUAUCCAUGUUAGCGUCUACCAGUUACUUUGGAAUAUGUUUUUGACAUAGAGAUUGUUGUUGUAAGGAUUACAUGGAAGGAAGGCUGUUUAAUUAGUAGGAUCUUAUACUCACCUUCAGUCACAGACAAUCAAAUUGAAUGUUUAUCAUGUAACUUGAAAAUAUUAUGAUACAUGUACAUGCAAUUACAUGAUAUAUUGUAGCGGUAAUUGUUUGUAUAUAUGUAAU